CUCGAGCAGGAUUACCUAUUGAUUUUCCUCCUUUCUUGCCUCCCAGGUUUACCCGGCUGGACAUUGUGUGUAUUUGGAUUUCUCAAGGAUUCUCCCCCGACUAACAUGGAUGUCCCACCAUUCCUUGCAGUUGAAGGUUGCUCCUUGGCGCAGUGAAUGAAGAACAUGCAGGGAUUGCUAAUGGGUUUGGGAAGCGUAGACUCUCUCUUCUCUCUGUGACCAUGCCGUGAUCGCGUCUGAGGGCCAUCAGUUUACGUAUCCUCAUUCUCACCCUACCGGGAAACCUGACGGCUUAGAAGGGGGAAGUAAGGCAGCGCUUGUGUGCAUAGAAACAUCAUGAAGAUUAUUUCCCCUACUGUAACUAAUUCAGUCUUCAGAUGCACCAUUAGACUCCUUCUUUGCUUACUGUGGAUUGGAUAUUCUCAAGGAACCACACAUGUAUUAAGAUUUGGAGGCAUUUUUGAGUGUGUGGAAUCUGGUCCAAUGGGAGCAGAAGAAUUAGCCUUCAGAUUUGCUGUGAACACAAUCAACAGAAACAGAACUCUUCUGCCAAACACCACAUUAACAUAUGACACCCAAAAGAUAAAUCUCUAUGACAGUUUUGAAGCAUCCAAAAAAGCCUGCGAUCAGCUGUCCCUUGGGGUGGCUGCCAUCUUUGGACCCUCCCACAGCUCCUCAGCCAAUGCUGUGCAAUCCAUCUGCAACGCUUUGGGUGUCCCACAUAUCCAGACCCGCUGGAAACAUCAGGUGUCAGACAACAAGGACUCCUUCUAUGUCAGCCUCUAUCCAGAUUUCUCUUCACUCAGCCGUGCCAUCCUCGACCUUGUGCAGUUCUUCAAGUGGAAAACCGUUACCGUUGUUUAUGAUGACAGUACUGGUCUUAUUCGGUUACAAGAGCUCAUCAAGGCUCCAUCACGAUACAACCUAAGACUUAAAAUCCGUCAGUUACCAGCUGACACAAAAGAUGCAAAGCCAUUGCUAAAGGAGAUGAAAAGAGGCAAAGAAUUCCAUGUCAUCUUUGACUGCAGCCAUGAAAUGGCAGCAGGCAUCUUGAAACAGGCUUUAGCUAUGGGGAUGAUGACAGAAUACUAUCACUAUAUCUUUACCACACUGGACCUGUUUGCCUUGGAUGUGGAGCCCUAUCGGUACAGUGGUGUUAAUAUGACUGGAUUCAGAAUUCUAAACACAGAAAACACCCAAGUGUCAUCUAUCAUUGAAAAGUGGUCCAUGGAGAGAUUGCAAGCCCCACCCAAGCCUGAUUCAGGUUUGCUGGAUGGAUUUAUGACG